AUGGGCCGUCGGCUCAUCCAUGGUCUCUCUGGAGCCGCAGUCUUCCUUGUCAGCGUGGCUCUCCUCUCCGUGCGACACCGUGGGGCUCAGGAAACAGCUCAGUACCCAGGGCUCAGGGAGGGGAUGUGGGAGAAGCCGGAGCGACGGAGCAAAGUGAGCCCAGAAGGUGCCAUGGGAGGAGGUGGCAGGGGGCAGAAGGACCUGCAAGUCCACCCUCCGGAGGGAUACAGGACUGAGGGAAGCCUGACUCUUGGCGACAUUUUCAUAGCCGUGAAGACAACCAAGAGAUUUCACCAGAGCAGGAUGGAGCUGCUCCUGGACACGUGGAUAUCCCGAGCAAGAGAGCAGACCUACGUCUUCACCGAUGAAGAAGACGAUGCCCUGAAAAGGAGAAUGGGCGACCACGCGGUCUUCACCAACUGCUCUGCCGAGCACAGCCACCUGGCCCUCUCCUGCAAGAUGGCUGCCGAGUUCGAUGCCUUCCUGGCCAGCGGCCGAAGCUGGUUUUGCCAUUUGGAUGACGACAACUACCUGAACCCUCGGGCCCUCCUGAAGCUCUUGUCCUCCUACUCUGCGACGUGGGAUGUUUACCUGGGGAAACCCAGCCUGAACCGACCCAUCUGGGCCUCCGAAACACUGCCAAACAACCAGACGAAAUCUGUGCACUUCUGGUUUGCCACGGGAGGAGCUGGGUUCUGCAUCAGCCGCAAGCUGGCAAGCAAGAUGGUGCCUUGGGCCAGUGGCAGGAACUUCCUGAGCACUUCAGAGCUCAUCCGCCUGCCGGACGACUGCACCAUAGGUUACAUCAUUGAGUGCAAAGUCGGUGGGCGGCUGCUGCCCAACGCACUCUUCCACUCCCACCUGGAGAACCUGCAGCUCAUCCCCCCAUCUCGGCUUACACAGCAGGUCACCCUCAGCUAUGGUGUCUUUGAGAACAAGCUCAACGUUAUUGAACUCAGCGGCCCCUUCUCACCCCAAGAGGAUCCCUCAAGGUUUCGAUCACUCCACUGCCAUCUCUAUCCCAACACCUCCUGGUGCUUGCAGGCUGUCAGCUGGUGA